CGGAGUUCGGUGUGAUUGCGCGUCGCGGCGCGCGCCUACGCGACUCGCGUUUGCAGGCCAUGCGAGGUCUUGUUCGGCUCCCGGAGGGCUCUCAGUUGCAGUCAUCUGCGACAGCUCGGCCUGGUUGUACGGCCAUCCGCUGGCUCGAUCUUCGCAAACUACUUACUCUAUCUACUAUUCCGCGGAGGGAGCGAACGAUAUAACUGUCAAACCGGCUGAUCGUGAGUGACUCGAGCCCUCGGUCCGCGGCACCUCCUCUCCGCCUCGUACGCGAGCUAAUCCGGUGCGUGGACACUUGACUAUUACUCCUGUUUCAAACCGCGCCAAACGACACAGAUUACAGUGUGAAGAAAUUAUCGACAGUGACCCGAGACACCACGUGUUCGUUUACCGCGCGUUCGUCGUUACCUCGCUGUUCCCGGAUCCCCCGGCAGUUCUGUGUGAAAAUUCGAACCGGUUGAGAUUCCGGCCGGGAAAAGUCCGUUGUCUUCUCGCUAGCUGAAUACAGACCUCUGCAGACUACCCCUCGGUCGCAGGAUGAGGAGAAUAUUUUUUGCAAUCGCAAUAUUUUGCGGAAUUUUGGUUCCCGAUGGUGCAUACGCCGAACUUUACACGGCCCUGGCCGAUAUGGAGGAGCUUUUGGAAACGGAAUCCGUUCUUAUCGAUACCCUUCAUGGCUAUAUUCACGCCCAGGAGGAACGCCUAGCCACACUUAAAAGAAACGUUGAGGAUUACGCACGGGAGCACGAGGAAGCAUCGAGAAACAUUCAGCAGUAUUUGUCGAAUCCGAUAAACGCUUAUCUCCUCGUAAAGCGUUUGACGACCGAUUGGAAACGGAUAGAGGAGCUAAUCACCGAGGACGUGGGUAAAGCCUUCGUAGCCAACAUAACGACAUCGAGAAACGAUCUCAAGUUUCCUACCGACGAAGAUCUGAACGGAGCUGCUGUCGCUCUUAUGAGACUCCAAGAUACCUACAAACUCGAUACAUCCCAUGUUGCCAGAGGCGUAUUGAACGGAGUUCAGUACAGUACGGGCCUCAGCGCGGGCGAUUGCUUCGAACUUGGCAGACAAUCGUACAACAAUGCCGAUUAUUAUCACACGGUAUUGUGGAUGCAGGAGGCCAUGGACCGUUUGCAGGAGGAACACAACAGAACAACAACAACAAAACCCGAUAUUUUGGAGUACCUUGCUUUCUCAACCUACAUGCAAGGGAAUGUCGCCCGUGCACUCAGCAUGACAAACGAACUUCUGGAGUUGGUUCCGACGCAUCAAAGAGCGCUAGGUAACAGAGCGUACUACCAAGAAGAAAUCCAGAAGAAAUCAACCCAGGCGAGAAGGAAGCGCGGCGAAGACGGGCAGGACGAAGGCCCUCCUGCUGAUCAGCCGUACACCGUCGCUGAAAAGAAGAUCAAAACGUGGGAAGAGUUGACGGAAAGGGAGAGGUAUGAAAUGCUAUGUCGCGGGGAGGUUUCGCUUCCGGUUGACGUGCAGAAGAAUCUGAAGUGCCGUUACGUAGAACGAGGAAUCCCGUUCCUAAAGAUUGCACCUUUCAAAGAAGAAGAGGCCUUCCUCGAGCCUAGAAUUGUUAUCUAUCACGACGUGAUAUACGACGAAGAAAUUGACACGAUUAAGAGGAUGGCUCAGCCUAGGUUCAGGAGAGCCACCGUGCAGAACUACAAGACCGGUGAGGUUGAAAUCGCGCAUUAUCGUAUCAGCAAAAGUGCAUGGCUACAGGAAUACGAACAUCCCCAUGUGGAAGCAGUCAGUAGACGUGUAGAAGACAUGACAAGUUUGACAGUGGAUACCGCAGAAGAACUACAAGUGGUCAAUUAUGGAAUCGGUGGCCAUUACGAACCGCACUUCGAUUUCGCCAGGCGAGCAGAAAAAAAUGCCUUCAAAGGACUUGGAACUGGAAAUCGUAUCGCUACGGUUCUUUACUACAUGAGCGAUGUGGAACAAGGUGGCGGAACUGUAUUCACCAAAAUAAAUCUCGCCUUGUGGCCCAGAAAGGGAAGUGCCGCUUUUUGGUUCAAUUUGAAACCGAAUGGCGAAGGGGAUUAUAGCACCAGGCAUGCGGCUUGUCCAGUCCUUACUGGAUCCAAGUGGGUGGCGAACAAAUGGUUGCAUGAAAGAGGACAAGAAUUUCGGCGCCCUUGUACUCUGGAGAACCAGGCACCAGACCCAGACAGUGGGAUGUAUUAACCGAAUAAAUGCUCAUCAUUUCGCAUCGUGAGAUAAUUGAGCGUUUGGUAUUGGAUCGGCAGAUGGACAGAUUCGAACCAAAUGUCAACACGAUUACAUUCAACAAAUUCGUUUUUCGAAACAGCAAUGGCCACAUCUUAUUAUUUUCCCCAUUAGAUAGGAUCAGCUAUUUUUACGACAUUGGCGAUUGGAAUUUGAAGAUUAAUUUACGGCAUCACGCAUUCUCACGCAUCUUGACGUGUGGUAAAAAAUGUCUAUGAUUAUUACUUCGAAGCCGACUCUAGACAAAUGACGUUGCAUUUUGUCUUUAAUUCUCUCUAUCAUUUUUCUUCUCCAAUCGCUUCGCCAUUUGUUUGUUUUUCUGGUUCUUUGCUACUUUUGCGCCUCCGCUCGAUAUCUCAUAGUUUUGUUUUUUACGCAUAUGAGACGAGAUCCGUGUUACUUAAUAUAUUUAUAGGGGGCGGGUAACACGUGAAAAACUAUGUUUAACCACAACCGAAUAAUGAGGAAAGUUUUUAUAUUAUGAUAUUAUUAGAUGCUAUGUGAGUCGCGAUUUAUUAGGGGGUGUAAAUGAUUACCAAAUAUGGCUAGUUGUUGUGCCAUUGUUGGCAAUUUUUGUAGCAAGAAUUGGACUGAAACUUUAAAAAUACUCCGCAUGAAUUCAAGAUUGUAUAACAGAAGUUAAUUCUCGCUAUGACUGAUCAUGAUUAGAUCGGGCAUACUACGUCAAAACGAAGACGUUUCAACUUUCUGGUUUCCGAUUGCUUUGAAAAUUUUUGUCAACAUAGCUUUUCUGAAGGAGAACCCAUACCUGAAAGCAUUUUGGAAUGAGAGCUCUCAUCUUUGGAUUAUACAUUUUUCAAAACUCACAAUUUUUACAAAAACAAAAAUUUUGAUGUUUGUUUUUUCAAUGACAGCUCAUUCUAGGGAGAAAAUUAUGAGACAUGAGAUGUUCAGUUUGAGACAAACUUUUCGAACAAGAAAUGAUUGCAGCUUUAGCGUCAACGAAUCCGACGCUAUAUUAAUGAAAAAUACGAGAAAUCAAUCGAUUUUAUCAAACUUUCGAUGACUCCGAGGGGUCUCUAAAUCCAUGCCCGGACCACUCAUUAAUGGCGAAAGUCAAGAUUUCCAAAAGCUACGAUUUAUAAACAAAAACUAUGACCACGGAAACACGACUUGAAAGUUUCAAUUCCAUCGUCAAAUUCCGAUCGUUCGUUCUCGAGACAUGAUAGAAAACGUAAGUGCAGGUUGAGUACCUCGAAAUUUCAUAUUUCAGCGGGCUGCGCUCGAGCGCUCACGAUCUGGUUCGUAUUUCUGCCACACUGUGGCGUACCGCAUCACUAAUUUCUCGCAGUAGAAAAUACUUACAAAUUUCAUUAGGCUCAUGCACUCUGUUGGUUCGUCCGGUUAGGCUGAUGUUGAAUCGCUCCCCGGCCAAGUACGAAGCGAUUCAACAGCGACCUAACCGGGUGUACCAUCAGUAACAAGCUUCGGCUCACCCAUAAAAAAGAAUAUCUGUAUCGCAUUUCUCGAAAUUCUAUUUUGAUACAUGCGUCGGGUAUUUCGAGCGCCGGCACGUCCAGGACUAAAGAAUAAUUUGUGGAUUUUUAAUUGUUGAUGCGGUGUGAAAUUCCUUUCUUUGUACUCUUGUUUGCUGCAAUUGUUAGCAGACGACGACCUGUCAUCGUCUGAUAAAGAUCUUGAUCACAUUUCAUAAACUAAUCUUUAGAUUCCACCUGUUCGGCGGCAUCCCUUUACAAUGACAUUUCUGCGAAAUUCUAUGUAACAAAUUUAGAAAGUAAAUAAGCGAUUCUCAGCAAUUGAAUGGGUACCCAGGGAAUUAAAUUAUGACUCGUUUUGCCAUACUAAAGCAUGGGCCUUUGGUUCCGAAUCAGAGUUACCGAGUGUAAAUGAAAAAUUUUGAAUCGAUUUGUUUUCCGUGUAUUGGCUAAUGGCUUAUUAUACUACAGAAAAUUUGUUAAAAAACAUUGUUUAUAAUUCCGGUCCGAAUUUCUGAGACAAAUCCAAAGCUCUUUAUAGGCCGGGCGUUUUUUUGGCUUGGUAAAUUUCAAUUUAAAUGAAAAAAAAGUCUUGGAAUAAUUUUUACAAAUGCGUCAUCCCUAGCAAUAUUAAUCGGUUCAAUAACAAAAAAUUUGAACAAACAAAACGUCUCUCAAGUUCGAUCUAAUCAUCACAUGUUGGAACAACAAAUAAAUUUUGACAUAGGACGGAUUCUCGCCCCAUUUUAAAGUUUACAAGGGUUAAAUUAGAGGCAACGAACUCAUUUUUCAAAAUGUCGAAUAAUUUGUCAAACAUGAAGAGUUUCGGGCAAGGUGGAAUUGAAAUUUUCAAGACGUGUUUUCAUGGUCAUGGAUUCGUUUAUAAACCGUAGCUUUUGGAAAUUUCGACUUUUGACGUUAAUGAGUGUGCUGAGCACUAUACCAUACUAUAUUCCCUAUACCGUGGUUUCUGUGACCCCUCAAGACGUCGCAAAAGUUUUAUAAAGUUCAAAAAAUAUUUUGGAAAAAGUAGCCCGUCUGACGUGGCAAGCCCCCCAUACUGCAGAUUUUAUUUAAAGUUCAAUAUAUUUCAAGUGAAAAAAUGCAAUCAAAUUUCACAAAUUCGUGAAUGAGAGCUCGUAGAAUCGAGCUCGUAAUUCGAUUCUGGUCUCAAAAGUUUCGUCUUUUCCGACAAUUUUUUUUUCUUUUUUUUUUUUGGGACAAAAAUUUGAAAUCAAAAUUGUAGGUUUUUUAAAAAUUGUUUGAAGUUUUUUGACUAAAAAAUGCUUUCGGGUGUGUGUUCUGGUUAGAAAAAAAUAUGUUCAAUAAAUUUUCGGAGGCAAUCGGAGACCAGUAAUUUAAAACGUCUUGAUUUUCACGUGGAAUGUUCCAUAUUAUAAUAUAAUGAUUAUGAGUGAGUUAUCACUAUGGAUUCGAAUUGCACGAUUAUUUUUUUCAGAAGCACCAGUGACGUUUCCGAAUUUACAUAACUUUCUGUACUUCGAUGUUAUUGAAUUUGAUUUCUGCUGUCUUAUGAUAUUUUCACUUGUAACGUAAGAAUUCACAUUUUUUCAAUACCGAACCAAACUUAUGUGACAUUCUAACAACUGAAUAGUUUUCACGUUAGAAUAUACAUCCGAUAUCUGAAUCGAAUUGAAAACAUUUUCGAAAGCCAAGAACUUUUCUAGUUGAAAUUAGUUAAAAUCGUGAAGUCAGUCAUGCUACAAAACCUUGUGCAUGCUGAACCAUGUGAUUAAAAGAUACAGAUCUUACCGUUCUGCUGAAUAAAAGGUACUGUAGAAGAGUAUCAUGGAUUUACAUUGACAUUUCAGUGACAUUUUCCCCCGAAUAGCUAAAAGAGUCGAGAUGGAAAAAAUUUGAGAAUUGAAACCCGAGAUCCAAAAACUUACGUAGAAUGUCAAACUGGAUUUAACAAAAUUUUGUCUGCGUCACAAAUCUAUUAAAUGAACCAGUGUCCCACAAUUCAAAAUUAACUACAAUAUCAUGUACAACUCAUCGCAAUAUUUAAAAAUUAAGUAAAAUUUAACGGUAAAUUUUAUGUGUAUAAAAGUUUUGCUGAAAAAAUUUAUACAUGGAAAAAAAAAUUAACCGUAGAUCUGUAGCUGGAGAUAUCAUCCAUGGAAAUUCCAAUUGCAAAUCACGAAUGAAUUUGUUUACUGUGUCACUCAUUGACCGAUUUUGAAAUGUAAAUCUUCACUCCAAUGAACAAGUGCAAAAUUUGCACUUUAGUAAUAUGACUUCAAUAGAACGAAAAAUCUAUAAUCGGGGGUAAAAAUAAAAGAGAAAUCUGUGAAAUUGUUGGCGGUUUACGCUUCGCCCGGCACGUUGUUAUCAUAGAAUAAAAGACGAUGGCGAAAACUAUUCGUAUUACUACAUAAUGCAAAAUAAAUAAUAGUUAAUUAUUAGAAAAUUCGUAGCAUUAAAAUUGAAAAAGAAAAAUAUGUAAAUUCAAUGGAUAGUUCAUUACGUAUGGAUUAUUCGUAUAUCAUACGAUAGAGUUCAAUAUAUAUAUAUAAUAUUACUGUUCAAAAAUCGCUGUAAGUAUUUAAUAGGGAUAAUUUAAUUGACAUCAUAAUCGUUUAUAGAAUAAACUCAUCCUAGCAAUAUUAUACAUACAACACAUCGAUAAAUAAACAUUUUCAAAUUACA